AAACUGUUUUCUUCGUUCUGGUGUGUUCAGCCAUGGUGGCUGCCAUUUUUUCCCCACAAUCCUUCAUGAGCUUGCAAAUUUGAGGUUGUCACAAUCGUUUGAAUAGGAGUCUCAUUUUUAUUCUUACAACAAACGUUACAUAAAAUAAAUCAUCAUGGAUAGAUUAUUGCGAUUAGGAGGAGGAAUGACUGGGUUAAAUCAAGGACCUGCUCCUUCAGAUGCUCCGGUUGUUGAUACUGCCGAGCAAGUAUACAUAUCCUCAUUAGCAUUAUUAAAAAUGUUAAAACAUGGUCGUGCUGGAGUCCCGAUGGAGGUUAUGGGUUUGAUGUUGGGAGAAUUCGUAGAUGAUUAUACUGUUAGAGUUAUCGAUGUUUUUGCAAUGCCUCAAACAGGAACUGGUGUGAGUGUUGAAGCUGUCGAUCCAGUCUUCCAAGCAAAAAUGUUGGAUAUGUUGAAACAAACUGGAAGACCCGAAAUGGUUGUGGGAUGGUAUCAUUCACAUCCAGGAUUUAGUUGUUGGUUGUCUGGUGUUGAUAUCAAUACACAGCAAUCCUUUGAAGCGUUAAGUGAACGUGCUGUAGCUGUAGUGAUUGAUCCAAUUCAAUCAGUUAAAGGGAAAGUUGUUAUUGAUGCAUUUAGGUUAAUCAACCCUAAUAUGAUGGUUCUCGGCCAAGAACCUCGGCAAACUACCUCGAAUCUGGGACAUUUACAAAAACCGUCCGUACAAGCUUUGAUUCAUGGUUUAAACCGUCAUUAUUACAGCAUUAGUAUUAAUUAUCGUAAAAAUGAAUUAGAACAAAAAAUGCUUCUGAACUUACACAAAAAAACUUGGAUGGAUGGUCUAACUCUUGCUGAAUAUUCGGAGCAUAGUAGACUAAAUGAACAAACGGUAGCUGAAAUGCUUGAGCUUGCCAAGAAUUACAAUAAGUCAUUGGAAGAUGAAGAAAAAAUGACACCAGAGCAACUGGCGAUUAAGAAUGUUGGCAAACAAGAUCCAAAACGGCAUUUAGAAGAGAAGGUUGAUAUGCUUAUGUCAGUAAAUAUUGUCCAAUGUCUUGGAGCAAUGCUAGACACAGUUGUCUUCAAAUAAUUUACUUAUUUACGUGCAGAACAUACACAUAAUAUUUGAUUAAUAAAA